UUCUUACUAGCAUUACUGAAUGCAAACAACAUUUCCAGUGUUUUACUAAGGUUAAUGUCUUCUGACAAUGCAUGUCUUAUAAGUAUAAUUGACGACCAAGUUAUUUUAUCCAGAAUAACUAUGAUUGGGACAAAUGAAACCGGAUUACAGAUAAUAUCAGAAUCAUUAUUGCAUCAAGCCGAAAAUUGCUAUACAUUAUAUCAAAUAUACUUUCGUGAUGGGAUAUGGAGACAUAUUGUGAAUAAGAAAGUGAGACCUAAAGUCCCACUUGAGAAAAGUCAAGGGUCUGUCCCAAAAAAAUUACCAGGUGCUAGUACAGUUAGCAAAGAUAACCUAUCGGUCAAAUCUCAAAUAGGUGUACCAUCCACAUCUUCCUCUGAUCAAAUUAGUAAAUCUAACAAAUCCAGACUCCUGAUUUCUAUCUUGCCUGAAGAUCUCGAAGAGAAACGAAAACAUAUCAUUGGGUUAGUGUUAGAGCGUUUUCCUUAUCUAUCUUUGAGGUAUAGUAAGAGUUAUGGCGAUAGAUUUGUGUUUAAUAGUUCAGUACCUUGCCCCAUAUGUAAUAAAGAUCACGAAGGCGAAAAUAUAAAGAAUGAUAUAAAGGGUGGAUGGGGUUCUGGCAUGUAUUUUGGAGAAACGGGCUUAUUACCUUGA